ACAGCCCAACCAGGGUUUCUACAUGCAUCCAGCGACGCUGGAUGGUACCAUCCACGUCCUGGGCGCCACCAUGGUGGGUUGGGAUGCACCGCUGAAGAUCUUCAGUGGCAUGGGCCGUGUGCAGAGUCACGUGCAUCGGAACUUCUCGCGCGAUGAUCACUACUACGUGCACUUGGACCUCAAGAGCUUCUCUGAACAGGAACAGGUCUUUGACUCAACUGUGGCCAGCAGUGAGGGCGAGGUGCUCUUCAAGGGCACGGACGUGGCAUUCCGCAAGGUCACACCUGAACAAAUCAAGAAGGCAAUGGAAAGUCAGAUGGCAGAGGAUGAUCAGAAGUUGUACGAGGUGGUUUGGUCCGAAGUGAAGUCCAAGGCUCCAACUGAAGAGGAGGCGCCUCGAUGCCUCGUGCUGGCAGCAGAGGAUUCCGAGGUGCGCCGUGCAGGGAGUUUUUGGGGUGGAAACCAUUGGAAAGGCCGCACAACCCUGGAAAACUGGAUUUAA